AUGUACCAUAUCUCAAGGCGGCCGCUCACCACUCUUGCCUUGUUUGUUGUUCGAACGCAUCACAAACGAUUAGCUUCGAGCAGAGAACCUCAUUCUUUCGGUGAAGAUUUCGACCCCUACAACUACACAAAAGGGCGCUGGCUCCGUAACGAUGCAAUCGAGCGAAAGGCACGGUUCAUACAAUUCGACUUUGACGCUUUGUGCCGCAGGAUCAUAGCACUAUGCCCCGGUGCUCAUUCCAUCACCUCUUGUGAGAAGAUUGAAGGCGGUAGCAACCGCGUCUUCAUUUUCCACACUGACAAUGGAGAACGUCUCGUUGCGAAACUGCCGUUUUCUGUGGCGGGCCCUCCGAGGUAUACGACGGGUUCGGAGGUUGCUACUGUGGAGUACUGUACGUUAUUUUACACGAUACAAGACAAGAAGUAUGGUAAAAUACUGGACUGGAGCGACGACGCUUCCAACACCAUUGGAAGCGAAUACAUCAUCAUGGAACAUGCCCCAGGCGUUUGCUUGAAUCUGAAAUGGCACGACAUGACAGAGGUCCAGCGAGCCUUAUGCAUGAAACCCAUCUACCAGAAAAUGAAAGAAGCCGCCAACCUCGCAUUCCCCGCAUACGGCAGUAUAUAUCGAACCGACACACCGUACAUCAAGGGUUCUACGAUCCCGCUAGACUCAGACUUCUGCAUCGGACCUAGUUGCGACGACCUGUAUUGGGACUGUUCACCCACCUCACCAAAGUAUUAUCAUGACAUCAAGCCCAACCGAGGACCAUGGCCCAACCUCUCCACCUUCAGCUCCGCCCUCACAGACGUAGGCCUCUCGCGCCUCCCACCCGCCAGCACUGCCUCUUCCCUCCGCCUCCCGUCCUACCACGGCACCAUCUCAGAACACAAAGUCCUCCUAGAAUACUGCCGCGCAAUAGCAAAACAGAUGAUCCAAACUACACUCAUGCAAACGGUGUCCACGCCCAUACUAUUCCACCCAGAUCUGCAUUCUCGGAAUGUAUUCGUUUCGGAAGAGGAUCCAACGGUUCUCACCGCGAUACUAGACUGGCAGUCCUCAGCCGUACAGCCCGCGUUUUGGUAUGCGGACUCCACGCCUGACUUUGCACGGAAAGAAGAAGUGGAAGUCGUUGCGAAGGAUGAUGGACAAGGUGAGGCAGGAGAUCGAGAUCAAGAACAAGAACAAGGACAAAAACAAAAACAAAAACAACCAACACACACGCCCUCAAGCACCCUCCGCGCAGAAACCUUCGACCACCUAAUCCACUCCCAUCUCCCCCUUACAAUGCUCAUCCCCCGUACAAUGGACGAAGCCUACCUCCGCCCCUUCACCUACGGCCACAGAUCCUGGCUGCACGGUGCCACCCCCUUCCGCGAGGAACUCAUCCAAACGUCGCGGCGAUGGGGGGAAUUAGGUUUCUCAACCGUAGGGCCAUGUGCGUAUCCCAUGCCUAGCCGGGAAGAAUAUGCCGCGCAUUGGGAAAAGUAUAAAGAGUUUGAGGCGCGACACACCAUGAAGACUGAAAUGCAAAGAGUUUUAGGUGUACAGAGUGGGGGGUGGGUGUGGGCGGAUAUGUAUGACGUGACGAAUCAGGCGCAGAAGGAGUGGUUUGAGGAGGCGAUGGAGGGGGCGAUGGGGGAACGCGGGGAGAGGGUGUGGGUUAGUGAGGAGGGGGAGAGGUUGACGGAGGCGGAGAUUAGAGAGACUUGGCCGUUUGAUUUGGAGGAUUGA